AUGGGCCAGAAUUUUCUUCAAUUUACAAAAGAAGGAAACUUUACCUCAAUGAUGAAUGUAAACAGUCCCUCACUGAUGUCUCCAAUUUUGACUGUCAGCAGUUACAUUCAGGAGGGAAGACUAAUAGAUGUCUUGAGUGUGGAAAAAUCUUCAAUAACAGCUCAGGCCUUCAUAAUCAUCAGAGUUCACGUGAAAGAGAAACACUACAAGUGUGAUCUUGAAUCAGUGGAGUCUGUAGGAGCCGGCCAGUUACUGCAGCUGGAAAAAGUGAAUUUUGCAACCAGAAGUCGAAGUCGGAGAACAGAGCACGUUAAAGCAACUCUGGACCUGAUUGAGGGCAGCAUGACUAUUUGUACUACUAAGAAGACUUUUGACCCAUAUGUCAUCAUUAGGGCCAGAGACUUAAUAAAACUGUUGGCAAGGAGUGUUUCAUUUGAACAGGCAGUACGGUUUCUUCAGGAUGAUGUCGCAUGCCAUAUCAUUAAAAUAGGUUCCUUAGUAAGAAAUAAGGAACGAUUUGUAAAAAGAAGACAACGGCUUAUUGGUCCAAAAGGCUCUACUUUGAAGGCAUUGGAACUCCUAACAAACUGUUACAUUAUGGUGCAGGGAAAUACAGUUUCAGCCAUUAGACCUUUCAGUGGCUUAAAAGAGGUUCGAAAAGUAGUUCUAUACACUAUGAAGAAUAUUCAUCCCAUUUAUAACAUUAAAACCUUAACGAUUAGACAAGAGUUGGCAAAAGAUUCUGAAUUAUGAUCACAAAGUUGGGAAAGAUUCUUGCCACACUUCAAACACAAAAAUGUGAAUAAACACAAGGAACCAAAGAAGAAAACUGUUAAGAAAGCAUACACACCAUUUCCACCACCACAACCAGAAAGUCAGAUUGAUAAAGAAUUGGCUAGUGGUGAAUACUUUUUGAAGGCGAAUCAAAAGAAGCGACAAAAAAUGGAAGCAAUAAAGGCUAAACAAGCAGAAGCUCUCAGUAAGAGACAAGAGGAAAGAAACAAAGCAUUUAUUCCACCUAAAGAAAAAACAGUUAUGAAACCUAAGGAAGCAUCUACUGAAACUAAAAUUGAUGUGGCUGCCAUCAAAGAAAAGGUUAAGAAAGCAAAGAACAAGAAACUGGGAGUGCUUACAGCUGAAGAAUUUAAGCUUAAGAUGGAAGCAGAUGAAAAGAAAAAGUAA